CAACUUUUCUUUGAAUUUGGUUUGAAAUAAAAACUUGCAUAAGAAAUGUCAAAAGCCACAACAAUCAAAGAAGCUCUGAAACGUUGGGAGGAACGUGAACAACAAAGUGCCGUUGAGUCAAAAGUAAUCGAGUUACAAUUUCAAUGGCCGCCAGUUGAGAAAAUGGACAAUACGCUUAGCACAUUGAUCAACUGUGAACGUCUCAGCUUGUCCACGAAUAUGAUAGAGAAGAUUUUCGGUUUGAAUGGCAUGAAAAAUUUGCGUGUGCUCUCGUUGUCGCGAAAUUAUAUUAAAAAUGUCUCAGGAUUGGAGGCAGUCGGCGAUACGCUCAUCGAAUUAUGGCUUAGUUACAAUUUGAUCGAGAAGCUGAAGGGUCUCUCAGUCUUAAAAGCUCUUAAAGUGCUUUAUAUAAGCAAUAAUUUAAUUAAAGAUUGGAGUGAGCUCAGCCGUUUACAAGAGUUGGAAACCCUCGAGGACCUGGUGGUGGUAGGCAAUCCUAUAUCCGAAGGCAUGGAUGAGACAACAUGGCGCGCAGAAUGUAUAAAACGUUUGCCCACAAUUCGGAAAUUGGAUGGUGAACCGGUGGUGCUGAACGAGGAGCCAACUUUGUAAAUUAAAUAGUUACAUAUAAAUAUGUUUAAAAUCAUACGGAGCUGGAUGUUAGAAUUUUUUAAAAGUACGUUCGGAUUUACGAAAGAAAAAAAAUUACCAGUAGUUAUUUGCACAUAGGGAAAAUUCACCUACUUUGUCGAAAUUAGAUAGAAAAGGGAAGCGAAUAAUGAAUGAACGAAUUCCCUCCUGUCAUCGAACAAGCAGCGUCUAGGCACCCAUAUUACUGUUGACAGUAUCAUUUCAAAACAAGUAAGGGAUUUCGUUUUUUAGGAAUCAGCAUUAAUACCGAUAACACUGUAGGGAAAAUGUUAAGUUUUGAGAUGGAACAAAAAAAAAAUGCUGAAAUACGUAAACUUAAUUUGAGUCGUCGAUUAAGGAUCUAUUUUUCCGUUUUCCAG